CGACUACGGUGCUUUCCUCCGGAGGAGCUGGAGGUAUUAGCGCAAAGAGACAAAGGGUGCCAAAUUAGUCGGUGCUAGCUAACGCGUCCGGUAGAAGGUGGAGAACGUACGACUCACUCACACGUUCGGCAUUUUUCGGAGAUCAUACGGAGACGGAACAUUGGUAAUUAUUGAUGCGCACUAGCAGACCGAAGAAGGGAGAUCUGGCAAAGUACACUGCGGUUUUUAAUAUUGGAUUCAUACUCUCUCCAUUGUCUUCACUGCUUCAAACAAAGAGAGAAAUAUGGAGCUUUUGUUUAGAAUAGCCUUGUCCUGUGUGAGUCUCUCAAUGGUAGCAGGGGUGACCAUGAUUCAGUUGUCACUCUUGAGCUACCAUAAUCCCACUAGCCAACUGAGUGGAGGGGACUGCUGCGAUGCCGGUGGAUCGGAGGUAUGCAGAGACAAGUGUGAUAACAGGUUCGAGAUCUGCGUCUCUCGUCCGGGGAGUGACGUCGACAUGACAUUGUGCUCUUUCUUCUCGGCGAAUACGACGAAGAUAGUGGACAACUCGGAUGAAAUCACGUUUCCUACUUCCUUACUGAUGCAAGAUGGCAGCAGUCUUCCGAAUCCAUUGACUAUCUCCAUACCUGAUGCAUGGGAAGGCGUUCGAUUCAAGGUGCGCGUCUGGGACGUCGACGUAGUGGGUGAGCAAGAAGUGGAUAUUUUGACGAAAAAUAUCAAUUAUUACCCAGACCCCAACCUUGCGUACACUGUCCAAUGGAAACCCACGCUGUCUGGAAUAGAAGAUGCAAGGUUGAAGACAGGAAUGAGAGUAUACUGUGGAGAUGGGUACUUUGGCCCUCGGUGUCAUAUCUACUGUGUGGAUAGUGCUACAUACACCUGUGAACCAUUCACGGGUAAGAAGCUUUGUGUACCAGGUUACGGCGGCAAAGAGUGUGACGAGGACAUAGCUGAAUGUGCAUCAUCCCCGUGCCAACAAGGAGGUGCAUGCAUCGACCUGGUGAACAGUUACCGUUGCGAAUGUAUUCCAGGGACCUUUGGUACUCUGUGUGAAAACAACCAUAACGAAUGUACCAGUGUAACAUGUGAGAACGGUGGCACUUGCCAAGAUCAACUCAAUGAUUUUGAGUGCACCUGUACAGAGAAUUUCCAAGGUCGUUUCUGCGAGGUCCUUAUAGACGAAUGCAUCGGUGAUCCUUGUCUAAAUGGUGCUACUUGCGAGGAUGGUAUUCGUGAUUACAGUUGCAUUUGUGCUGCGGGUUAUCAAGGAAGAGACUGUGAGAUUGAUAUCGAUGAAUGCACGAGCUCUCCAUGUUUAAACGGGGGAACAUGUGAAGACAAGGUUGCAGGUUUUGAGUGUAAAUGUGUUCCAGGCUUUGUGGGAGACCUGUGUCAGGUAAACGUGGACGAAUGUGAUAGCAUGCCUUGCAAGAAUGGUGGUUCCUGCAACGAUCUCAUAAAUUCCUUUGAGUGUGCCUGUGCUGCUGGUUAUGAGAACAUCUUCUGUGAGGAUAACAUUGAUGAAUGCCUCUCGUCACCGUGUCAAAAUGAUUCCCCAUGCAUUGAUGGUAUAGCAAGCUACACCUGUGAGUGUAACCCUGGAUUUCAAGGAGUCCACUGUGAAAUCAAUAUUGAUGAAUGUGCCAGUAGUCCGUGCACGCACCAAGGUACCUGUCAGGACAUGGUGAAUUCCUUUGGAUGCAUCUGUCAACCAGGGUUCAACGGCACCCUCUGCGAGAACAACAUCGAUGAAUGCCUUGGAAAUCCUUGUCAAAAUGGCGGCACUUGUGGGGAUUUGAUAAAUGAUUUUGUUUGUGACUGUGUAGAAGGUUUCGAAGGAGCAUUGUGCCUUACAAACACUGACGAAUGUCUCAGUGCCCCAUGUCAAAACGCAGGAUCAUGUUUCGAUGAGGUGAACGGCUUUUCAUGUAUGUGUGCGGCAGGGUUCAGUGGCACAUUUUGUGAGAUAAACAUUGCGGAGUGUGUUAGUCAGCCCUGUUUAAACAGUGGCGUAUGUGACGACGGCAUAAACCAAUUUACUUGUCAUUGUCCAGAUGGUUUUCACGGUUUGCUCUGUGAGAGCAACACGGACGACUGCGCCAUCAAUCCCUGUAUCAAUAAUUCAACAUGUGUUGACAAGAUCGAUGCCUUUGUAUGCGUCUGUACGGAAGGAUUCGAGGGUAUGUACUGUGAGGUUAACACUAACGAAUGUCAAAGUAACCCUUGUAGUAACGGAGCAUCCUGCUUGGACGACAUCAAUGGAUACAGUUGCCAGUGCGCAGAAGGAUUCGAUGGGAUUCACUGUACAAAUAACAUCGACGAGUGCUCCAGUAAUCCCUGCGAAAACAGUGGCACGUGCCUUGACCAAGUUAAUGGCUUCAUGUGCACUUGUCCUAGUGGAUUUGACGGGCUAACAUGUGGGAAUAACAUCGAUGAAUGCACAAGCCAACCUUGUCAAAAUGGCGGCACCUGCACCGAUGGCAUCAACAACUAUACAUGUGAAUGUACUCCAGGUUUCAAUGGAAUUGAGUGUCAAUUUAAUAUUGACGAAUGUCAAAGUUCGCCAUGCCAACAUGAAUCCACCUGUGUGGACGCGUUUAAUAGAUUUCAUUGUCAAUGCAAAGCGGGUUUCCAGGGAGCCAUGUGUGAAGUUAACAUUGAUGAAUGCACAAGUCAUCCUUGUUUAAACAACGGAACCUGUCAUGACGAAAUCAACAGCUACACAUGCGAAUGUAUCCCUGGUUUCAUUGGUGUUCACUGUGAAACCGAUGUAGACGAAUGCAGCAGUUUGCCCUGCCAGAAUAGUGCUACUUGCGUCGACAAGGUCAAUGGAUUCAUGUGCCAGUGCAAACCCGGGUUUGAAGGAACUCUUUGCGACGUUAACACUGAUGAAUGUAGUAGUUCACCAUGCUUCAACAUGGCUACUUGUCAUGAUUUGACAAACGCCUACAGAUGUAACUGUGCUCCUGGAUAUAAUGGUGUUCACUGCGAACAUAACAUUGAUGAAUGCGAAAGUACACCCUGCCAACAUGGCUCUACCUGUGUUGAUGAGGUGAAUGGCUUUAACUGUGAGUGUACUCCAGGGUUUGUAGGAACGCUCUGCGAAAUUAACAUCGACGAAUGCGCGAGUCAGCCGUGUUUCAAUAACGGUACAUGCCAUGAUGGAAUUAAUAACUAUACUUGUGAUUGUCUUCUGGGUUUCAGUGGCAGCCGAUGCAAGAUUGACAUCGAUGAUUGUGAAAGUUCUCCUUGCCAACACGGCUCGACAUGCAUGGACGAAAUAAAUGGAUUCCAUUGUCAAUGUGCACCAGGUUAUGAAGGCACAUUCUGCGAAGUUGAUAUAAACGAAUGCCUUAACAAUCCAUGCAAAAACGGAGGUGCAUGUGUAGAUUUGAUCAAUACUUAUGAAUGCAAUUGCAUGGAUGGUUGGGAAGGAGCUCGCUGCGACAACGACGCUGAUGAAUGCAUUAGUAACCCCUGCCAAAAUGGAGGUACUUGCAGAGACCAAGUAGACGGAUAUCAGUGUGCUUGCGACCUCGGCUUUACAGGGUUAACGUGUGAAACCGACAUCAAUGAGUGUUUAGAGGACCCUUGUUUAAAUAAUGGUACAUGUGAAGAUGGUAUCAAUAGUUUCACAUGUCAUUGCACACUUGGAUUCACUGGCAAAACAUGUGAAGAAAACAUAGACGACUGUUCACCUAACCCGUGCAGGCAUGAUGCAACAUGUCUAGAUGAUGUUAAUCACUAUAUCUGUUUAUGCAGACAUGGCUAUGAAGGUAAGAACUGUGAAACUGACAUUGACGAUUGCUUGAACUCCCCCUGCCUGAACAACGCCACGUGUAUUGACAAAGUGAAUAAUUUCGCAUGCGAUUGUACGGCGGGAUACGAGGGUCAAUUGUGCGAGCAAGAUACCGAUGAAUGCGCUAGCAUACCCUGCUCGAACGGUGGCAAUUGCACUGAUUUAGUUAAUGGAUACAAGUGCCUCUGUGAUUCCGGAUUUGAAGGCAUGAACUGUGAAGUCAAUAUCGACGAAUGCAGCAGUAUCCCCUGUCAACACGGAGGUACAUGUCAGGAUCUCACCAAUUCAUUCCAGUGUUCUUGCCAGGAAGGUUACGACGGACCUACAUGUCAGAAUAACAUUGACGAUUGCCAGCCUAAACCAUGCCAGAAUGAAGGUCUCUGCAUAGAUGGAAUCGCUUCAUACCAAUGCCGUUGCCUACCUGGAUUCGAGGGCAUCACUUGUGGAAUCAACAUACAAGAAUGCGACUCGUCACCAUGUCGUGAGAACCAUACGUGUGUGGAUGAGAUCAACGGUUAUCAUUGUCUGUGUCUUCCUGGGUUCGAAGGUGUUCAGUGUGAGGUGGAGACGAAUGAAUGCAUGUCAGUCACUUGCAGAUACGGAGGGACGUGUUUGGAUCAUGUCAACAGCUUCACCUGUGCCUGUCCAUAUGGUACGACUGGAAACUUCUGCGAGACUGUUUUGGAUUUCUGUAUCAGCCAUCCGUGUUCAAACAACGCAACGUGUUCAAGCACUGAAAAUGGGACGAGUUGCAUCUGCCCUCUAGGCUACACCGGUGUGUUCUGCGAAUCCUUGGAUCUUGGGCUGUGUGGCACAUCCUGUGUUAAUGGCCGGUGUGCAGUCUCGUUUAGUCCUGAAGGAGGAGUUAUCCACACGUGCCUGUGUGACGAAGGCUUCGUAGGGACCGAUUGCGAUAUGGAAGUGAUGUCUAUCUCUUCAAACAUCCUCCUCACGAAUCAUCAUCCUACAAACAACAUGGUGGAUGUAGCGACGAUGCUGAGCAAAAUUUUCAAGAUGUCAUAUGGAGAUAGCCUCAAAGAGCCUAAAAACAUCGAAGUAGUCAUCAUUGCGUCUUCGAACGAAAGUUCCCAACUUUCAGGGAGCCCAUACACAAACACAACAUUCUAUACGAUGGUGAACAACAAACCACUUACUCAAGACGAGCUGGAGAGACUCUUGAAUUCGAUGCCAAACGAGGAGAAGGACGUUAUCAUGACUCCAUACGAAGUAUUUGAAGAUACCCCGAGAGUGCCAGAAGAGAGCGGAAAGAAGGCUGGAUGGGGUUGGAGUAACUGGUUGAUACUAGUCACCCUAGUCUCCAUCAUCAUAUUCCUACUGAUCGUCAUCGGAUGUGUAAUAUCCAGAUAGUACACAAUUCCUUUGCGUUUUUUUUUUUUUAUAUUUGCCGUUCGACAGUUUUUAUAUAACUAAUUGGAGAGAUCUUCCCUUUAUAAUGCUUUCGCCUUUUAAUAAUAUUUAACAUUUGUCAUCAUAAUUUCUGUCUGUGUCCUGUCUUGCUCUUGAUAUAGCCUUGGCCGCUUCAUCGUUGGUAUAUCUUCUUAUUGCUACCGUUAGUCACGGUACUGUUUAUCAUCAUCAUCAUCGCUAUUAUAAUCAGGUAGAGAGGCAAUGCUGCAUGAUGCAUUAUCGUAACGACGCAUCUUUAAAAAAAGAGUUUGCAUUUUGAUUUUUGAUGAUUUUGAGAACGAAAAUGUAUAUUUUUCGUUUUGAUAAGUUAAUGAUAUAAAAGACACUUAUAGUUUGAAUGCAUUUAAUCGACAGCAUGGAAAGAAAACAGAUGGGAGACAAAAUGUUUUCAAUUGCAAUCGAGGAAGAAGAAGAAAUGAGAAAUCAGCCAUGCAGUUGUAUUUAAAGGUGACUGAAUACUGAAAAGAAAAUGGCGAAUGAUAAAGUACACACAGAAAGAGAGAAAUGUAUAGUAAAAUAUUCAUGUCGAGUAGAAGGAUUUCGAAGAUAGGUUAAAUGAUAGUUAAAGGUUCAAACACUUGCACUAUGCCUGCUACUUUCCAUUUGCAUUAAUAUGUAUCAAAAGUGCAUGCAGAAAUACUGUUGAAAUGUUCAAAAGAAUAAAUCAUUCCAAAAAAGAAAUCAAAAUAAACUAACGAUCAACAUUCCCUAUCAUAUGCUUCAUAAUUGAUAUGGAGUAUUGUAUGGUGUCAGUAGUACUGUCAACAUUGGGCUUCAGCCUUGCAUGGUAAUAACCAAACCUUUGCCUUUAGCAUGUCUAUAAGCUAUUAGGUAGUUCCUAUUCACUCCGAUUUAAUCUCUGGUAUUAGGUGUUUGUUCUCAAACUUCCUAUAUAAAUCUGGUAAAGCAUAUAAGUUUGUUUCUUGCAUGUUUAUUUUUUUUAUUUUGGUUUAAUGGGUUCGUAAGUAGUUCGCAUCAUGUCUUACUUCCCCUGCACGACUUUCAUUAUGAAAUGAAAAAAUAUAUAGAAGGUAGUCCAAUUUCGUUUCUCAUCCUCUCCCUAUAUUUCAGCAAAUUAAAGAAAGAACCUGUCCAGUAGUAGGUUUUAAGCAGUGAGUGAUUCUCAAGAAAAGAUUGGACAGGUUUAGCAGAGAAGUCUGGAUAUUGCACUCUCUUCGUUCUUCAGUCAUCGUGCUUUGUUUAAGUCAUUAUACCAAAUGCAAUGAAUU